AUGUUGGUGUUUGUGAUUUGUGCUUCAUGGGUUUACGACUUUCACUUUAGCUGGAAUCAAGUUCCUUAUGCUGUUGUCUGUGCUUUCCCUUCUAUCCUUGCCUUCACUACUGAUUCCAUUGAGAUCCGAUUAGUGGUGAGUGGAAACUUAGUCCACACAGCAGUUGUGCCUGAGCUUCAGCUUGUAGCAUCAAGGUCAGAUAUUUAUUUGAAAGCUACUGCUGCAGUAAGGGGAUCAUCUCAUAGCAGUUCUAAGGAAAUGAGUUCAAGUUCUCCUCAAGCACCGACGGCUUAUGAAAUACCAGAAUGUCCUCUUUCUUCUUCAGAAGGUGAAGUUCCAGGCUGGAGAAGUGGGCCCACGUGAACCUGAUGAGGUUCGACAAGUCCAAGUGCAAGGUGCUGCACCUGGGUCAGGGAAAUCCCAGAUAUGAGGACAGACUAGGAGAAGCACUCAUUGAGAGCAGACCUGCAGAGGAGGACUUGGGAGUUCUGGUGGACAAAAGGCUCGACAUGAACCAGCAGCGUGCACUUGCAGGCCAAAAGACCAACUG